AUGGCUGAUUACGAAAAACAAUUCCAAGAGGAAUUAGAAAGAGCCCAAGCUUUGAGUUUGGAGUCCUUGGCAUUAGAACAGUUCAACAAAUCGAAGAAGCUACAGGAACUGAACAGAUCUGCGACCACUUCGAAUGUCUCCAAUAGACCAAAAACAACAUCAGGUAAAUUAAAUUCUACCACUAAACUAAUAACGAAGCAUAAUAAUAAAUUAUAUACAGUUACAAGGGCAGCCUCGAUGAACGAAACCGAUUCUACUCCAAGAUUCGAUAGACACGUUAGUAAAUCUCGUCCACGACCUGGACUCCAGUCUAGCUCUACGAACGCUCUAUUGGCCCCACCGCCCCCGUCUCAGCGUAAAAACAGUACUUCCAGCGACAAUGAUCCUCCCGAUUUGAUUAGUUUCUCGAGCCCUCCGCCAAACAGUUCCCCUUCUAGCGACAUCAUCGACUUCUGCAAACAACAAAAUUACAAUCAACAACUCGUGUUAACACCGUCGAUGCCUCAACACCAAUCCACCCAUUUCAAAUAUUGGCCGAAUGUAUCGAUGACGUCUCCUUCAAUUCCAUUUCAAUCGAACAUUUUAGCACAGAACGUUGGUAAUCCGAUCGGUGGUCGUUACCAGUACUCCCUCUCGUCGCCUCAGUUUGUUCUGAGCAACGUUUCCACUCCGAUUAGUCAAAGAAUGCCGUGGACUACCGUCAAUGUAGGGAAGCCGAGCAGUAUUACCUCUUCCGGUUCACUGUCUACUGGUUUGCGGACUCCAAAUAGAACUAUGAGCAUUCCGAACAGUAGUUGUCAAGGUUUUGCGAGCCCGGCGUCGAGCAUUGGGACCGCAAAUUCGAAAUCUGAGGAACCUCCGGCUUUACCUCCAAAAAAUCAAAGACCGAAGCCUCCGCCUCCGAUCGUUCCUAAAAGUUCAUCGCUAUCGUCGAAAUUAUCUUCAUAUUCCUCCGUAUCUUGCGUAAAGUCAGAUAGCGAAAAAGUCGUCAAAGAAAAGCCGUUUAACUCGCACAAUCUAAUAGACUUAGCACACGCAGAUAACAACGACAAUGUGAGAGUCAGUAUUUUGCAGGAAUUUGAUCCGCUAUCAGAAUCAUUCUAUAGUUCCGUAAGUUCCAGAGCAAUUAGUCCGGAUUGUUCGGUUGACGAUACGAUGUCAGUUUGUAACAGCGUUUACGAAGAAUAUGAUCCUUACGAUUUUAUUUACACUGGUUCAGGAAACAACAGCUUAUCAGAUCCUAUUUACGCGACAGUGAAUAAAUCUGAUGGUGCCACUCCGAUGUCACCCGGAUUAUCUCGGAUGUCUACCAUAGACCGGAAAAGCUUUAAAUGUCCAAAGAGAAACUUAGUAAAUAUUAUAGAUAAAAUAAAUAACAGGUCGUUGAAUAGAGAUCCGGAUUUAAAGAGUUUUUAUAAUAUGGUGUACAAUUUAAGAAAGCAAUACAAGUAUAACGACCCAGACACAAAUAUGGGAUUAGUCAUAAGUCCAAUGGUAACAUAUGAAUACAGCGAAGGAUUGAGUAUAAAAUUGCAAGUCCAUCCCGACUUCGAGGGAGCGAAUUUCAACAAACCGAACAUUUUUACUUGUGACGUUAAUUCUAGCGUAGAACACGUUACUUUGCAAUUGACCUACGGCCUCGACGCGCCGGCCAACACUCAAUACACUCUAAAAAUUUGGGGCAGCAACGAGUACUUGGUACCGACGACGUUCCUCAGCGAAUACGAGUACGUUCACGACUGCAUUAAGCUCGACGAGGACGUCGUUUUAAUCCUGAUUCCCGAUUCUAAGAAGGAUAAAUCCUUCGCCAGGACGGUUGCCGAUGAUAACGACGAUGAAACGUUGAAAUUCGAGAAUAUCGUACCGAACGAUAUGGCCAUUCGGAUUUCCUACGAAGAGUUAAAUAUAUUAUUAGAAACGCUUGAAAGCGAAAUGAAAAAACUCGAAGACGCUGUACUUCAAAUGGAAAGAAGCAGUAACUCGUCAAUUAUGCCGGCCGUUCAACCAUUGAAAGUCAUCCAAUCGGUGAAAUGCAUCGUUAAUUUAAUGGGAGAUUUGUGCACGCUGGACAUUAUGGUGACCGUCGACGCCUUGGACGAGGCCUGUCGGAACUUUCUACCAUCGAAUGGCACAUCUUUUUCGGAAUUAGUAAACAACAAUUGCAACAAAAUUCGAUUCGCCGUGCAGAAUUUGAUAGAAAUGUAUUCUCAGGCGUUUUGCGUUAAUUUUGAAGUUAAAAAUUCUUCAUCUACAGAAUCUAUGCGAUACGUCCACGAUAUAGUAGACUCCGUAGUGAUACGCGUUUGCGCAAUAUACAGACCGUCGUUCGAUUGGGAGCACGAGGAGUACACCAUAGCAGCGCAAAUCUACCACGGUACGAGGAAAAUCGGCAGGUCCUUGUGCACUCAACCGACGAAGAAAUUAGAAAGGGACAAAUAUUGGCCGUCUCGAAUUAUUUUCGACUGUUGGUUAGAAUUCGAGGACGUGCCCAUAAACAGCCUGGCUCGAGAAUCUCGUUUGGUCUUGCAAAUCUUCGGUCGAACAUUGGUGACCUCCGACAGCGAGGAGAAUAAAAAUUCCAGCGCUCCUACCUAUAAGGAAGAAGAAAUCGGAUGGGCCGCGGUUCAAUUUUUUAACUACGAUAGUACAAUGAUACAAGGCAGUUUGUUGCUAUCGAUAUGGCCGAAGGAGUCGAAUUAUAUUAACGAUCACAUCUACGGGCCGGCGCCCGCCAAUGGGAUCCAUCCUGAUCCUGAUCAUUCGGUGAUCGGCGUGGAAAUCGUUACACCGACUAAAAUCCAGUUCCCUUCCAUGUCGACGGAUUUAUACAACAACAUAACGAAGGGGGAUUUCUUGAGUUUGGAUAACGAAACCCAGCAAUUGUUAGUGGACGCUUGCGAUCAGGAUUUGUUGUACAGAUUUUCUCCUGAAAUUAGAGAGAUUCUAUGGGAAAAACGACACUACUUGUACCACCUCCCGGCGGCGCUGCCGAAAGUAUUGCUAGCGGCGCACAGUUGGGAAUACGUGCAACUUCCCGAUCUCCACGGCAUGGUGCACACGUGGAAGGAACUGAAACCGAUACAGGCGUUGGAGCUGCUGCUUCCGGUCUACCCGGACCUGGAGGUCAGGAAAAUGGCGAUCAGAUGGAUAAGGGGCCUCGGCGACGACGAGCUGGUGGAUUAUUUGCCGCAAUUGGUCGUCGCUCUGAGACACGAAACGUACGAGAACUCCCCGCUGGCCCAGUUCCUGUUGGACAAGGCCUUGAGGUCGCCGAGGUUCGCCCAUUACCUCUUCUGGUUGUUGUGCCACAGUUUGCCGGGCGAUUCGCCUCAGAAUUUUUCUUCGGAAGUACGGAACAAGGACCUGGCGGAGAUCGGUGUGAGUGAAUUCAGGCACCACAGAAGACUGAAAUUAUUAUUAAGGGCGUUGUUAGCUAUAUGCGGCAAAUCUUUAGGCGACUGCUUUUUAUACCAGCAAUCUUUAGUGAAGAAAUUGAACGACAUAGCCGAAGAAGUCCAAAAAACCAAAGAAUCUCAUCGCUUGACCGUCCUCCACAACGCCUUGGGACAAAUCCACAAAGAUCUAAACGAGACGCCUACUAGUUUACCGUUGUCGCCGACGCUCCGCGUCGUCGGCGUCGAUAUCCAGUCUUGUUCGUAUUUCCCUUCCAAUACGUUACCGUUGAAAAUCAAUUUCCUCAUGGAGGACAGUUCGAUCAGAGCGGCUAUAUACAAAGUGGGCGACGAUUUGCAGCAGGAUAUGUUGACGUUGCAAAUGAUCAGGUUGAUGGACAAAUUGUGGUUGAGCAAGGGCUUGGAUUUGAGGAUGGUUUCCUUUACUUGCGUACCGACAUCGAGGAAAAAGGGUAUGAUUGAAAUGGUGACUAAAGCGGACACAUUGAGAAAAAUUCAAGUAGAACAUGGUUUGACUGGUUCGUUUAAAGACAAGCCGAUCGCGGAAUGGUUAGCUAAGCAUAAUCCUUCUGAAUUGGAAUAUACGAGGGCUGUGCAAAAUUUCACAGCUUCGUGCGCUGGUUACUGUGUGAUAACUUACAUUUUGGGUAUCGGCGACAGGCACAACGAUAAUAUUAUGUUAAAAACCUCAGGGCAUCUGUUCCAUAUCGAUUUCGGGAAGUUUUUGGGCGACGCGCAGAUGUUUGGAAAUUUCAAAAGAGACCGAGCUCCUUUCGUUUUAACCUCCGAUAUGGCGUACGUUAUAAACGGUGGUGACAGACCAACGGAGAAAUUUCACCAAUUCGUCGAUUUGUGUUGCCAAGCCUUUAAUAUUAUUAGAAAUAACAGAAAUUUAUUUUUAUUUUUGAUUACUUCAUCGGGAAUAUGCAGAAUCACUCCGGAAUCCAUCGGCUACAUGCACAAAGCCCUCUUACCGGAACUCUCCAAUCCCGAAGCAGCCGCUUACUUUACGCGCCUCAUCGAAGAAUCUCUAAAAACUAGAUUUACCCAAUUCAAUUUCUUCUUGCACAAUUUAGCCCAGCUCAAGUUCUCCGCUGACAACAAUGAGGGAUCACUGUUGUCGUUCGUACCAAAGACUUAUAGUUUAACCACUGACGGGCAAUUAGUUCACGUCGAGGUAGUGAAUUAUAAAAAAAGAUACAACCCUGACAAGUACUACGUGUAUAUUCUGAGGGUGUAUAGGAAGGACCAAAACCAGCACAUGGAGAUUCAGAGGACGUACAAGGAAUUUUGUGAACUACAUCAGAAAUUGUGCAUUUAUUUUCCGCUCGCCAAAUUACACAGUUUAUCCACUGGUCUUCAUAUGGGUCGCUCAAACAUUAAACAGGUGGCUCAAAAACGCUUUAACGAAAUCAGCCUCUUCGUUAAAUCUCUAUUCUUGUGCGCUCACGAAAUAGCUCAUUCCGAUUUAGUUUAUACGUUUUUCCACCCGCUACUAAGGGAUCAACAAUUUUCCGAGGAAUUUUCCAAGAAAGAUAGAGAUCGGGAUUUCCAAUUGGAUUCCGGUCGGCUCAAAGGGCAAUUGAAAUUGUCUUUGCAAUACAGGAAAGGCGUAUUCAGCGUGAUGGUGCAUCACGCCAGGGGAUUGCCUCGAUCUACCAACGGCCAGGAGCCCUCCACCUACGUGAAAGUCUACCUAUUGCCCGAUCCCCAGAAGAACACCAAGCGAAAAACGAAGGUGGUGAAAAAGAAUUGCCAUCCCAGUUUCAUGGAAAUGCUCGAGUACCGCAUGGCAUUGGAGAUAAUAAAAUUGAGGCGCAUCCAAGCGACGGUGUGGAGUUACGAGACAUUGCAAGAGAAUGAAUUCAUGGGCGGUGUGGAAUUGGAAUUGGGCACGCUGGAUUUGCGAGAGGAAACCAGCGAAUGGUAUUCUUUGGUGAAUUUGAGCAGAUAA